AUGGUUGUGGUGCUGGCGACUUCGUCAUCGGAUGGGUCAAAGACAAUGAUGGCGAAGCCAUUGUUCAGCUUUAUAAUAGAACCUGAAAACAUGUUCAAGUUUGUUGCAACUUUCGUCGCCCUCGUGGCCUGUGUUUCUGCUGCCCCCAGCAGGCAACUUCUUCAACUCGAUGACGUACUCAGUAUUGAGUACUCGAUGGACGAGAAUGCAGUUCUUACUGCAACCCUGAGCGGUAGCACUGGAGGUUGGGUUGGUGCUGGAGCCAACUCCAAUUGCACGAUGGCUGGUGCUGAUCUCGUCAUUGGAUGGGUCAAUGAUGACGGUGAAGCCAUUGUUCAGGAUUAUCACGGCCAGGAUGAAGAGAACGGCCUGCCCAUUCUUGACGAUAGCCAAGACGCUGUUUUGAUUGAUGGCUCUGGAGAUGAAUCCUCCACUGUGAUUACCUUUUCGAAGGCACCAAACCCCGAAGAUUCUGGCGACUUCCUUGCCGAACUGGGAUCCCCCGUGUUCCUCUUGUUCGCACACAACACAGUGGAUCCUGUGCUCGGAAACGAAUUGAGCGGCGAUGACUACCACGGCGCCAGCCGAGGCUGCGUUGAUUUGUCCAACGGCAAAAUUAUCAAGUUUUAAAUCAUUAUUUUUUUGCACUCUGCUUGCAGAAACGAAGUAUAUGAUGUCAUGAUACAUU